GUGCAGCAAAGUUGGCAAAAUUAUUUGAACGGAUAUUGAUAUAGCGUAUAUAGGGGCCUUUUAGCAUUAUUUUUUUGUAAGCCUAAGUUCUAUACAGUUAUGAUCUUGAUCUAGAAUAUAUAGGUGCAUUUAUCGAUCCAUAGUCAUUAGAGACUUUACAAUAGGCCAUUAAUCAACACUGCUUUGGUUAAGAGUAAUCCAAAUCCUGGGAGAUCUGCUUGUAUUUUAAUUAUUAAAACUCUCCAUUAUCCUAUUCCAAUUCAGAGCAACUCCAAUUGUGUCAGUCAUAUAAUGGUGGACCUUCGGGGAGGUAAAUUGAAAUAGAGGGCACAUACAUAGAGACUGCUGCAAUAAUUGUGACAAUUUUUUAAAUAAUUAUGUUUCAUAUUCUUGUAGGUUGAGGUUGUAAAUCAAAAUUAUAAGAAGCUGUAGCCUACAAUUUAGGAAAUAUGGAAGACUCACAGAAGCCAGAACCACCAUUUUUACCCAAGCAUAUAAAGGAGAACUGGAUUGGUCCCCCAGAUCCAGUGUCCAAGAUCAGGCCAAUAAGGCAUUUUAUUCCGGAAAAUGAAACAGUAAUUGAAAAACUGUUAAGAGAAAAGCAUGCUAAUGUUCUUGAAUGGAAUCAUACCUACUGGAAGAAACACAACAAGGCCUUCAAGCGGGAGCGUCGCCAGUUCGUGGAGCAGCUCCAGGAGCGUCAGGGUGCCGACACGGCAGUCACCGACGAUCAGAUGGCCGACUUCUACCGUGACUUUAUGGAGCGCAACCAGCGCAAACACCGCCAGUACAACCUGCAGUGGUACGGCCACAGCGCUCGGCUGCUCGGCCUGGCCGGCCUGGUGGCGCCACUGCGGCUCCUGAGGGCGCUGCGCCUGCUCCGGUGACCGCGUGGGUCGUGAGAGUGUCAGAGCACACCUCUGGUGACUCCCCUGUGAGUAGCCCACUUGUGAAUAUAGCUCAUUUAUGCCAGUAAGUUAACCUCCACUGUUUUCUGACCUUUGAGGAUUGAGAAUAGCUCACUUGUGCCAGAAAGGUGAAUAGGAUUGAGAAUAGCUCACUUGUGCCAGAAAGUUGACCAGUCUACUAUCUAACCUAUGCAGAUAGCUCAUUUCUGCGAAUUGUUGACAUGUUCUGCAGAAGGCUUUCCUGUACAAUUUGCUCACAUCUGUGGGUAGCUCAAAAGGGUGGUCAUCGCAUUUGCAGACAAUCCCUGAUAACUAAAGCUACUGACGUUUGCUGGGGUUGAGGCGUAAGCCGCAUGGUAUAGUGAUGUUGAUGUGAUACGACUGUGUGUGCUGGAGCUUGAUUUGUUAAAGUGUAGGUUGCAAGUGGGCAUUGGCUGGUGGCAAGAGUUUUUUAGGUAUCGGUUGCAUAUAUGCAAAUACCUUGGACGUUUCUGUGACGAUGUGCGCCAC